AUGGGGAGAGUAUACUACUAUAUUACAGUAGCUGAAUGUUGGGGAAGGUGUCAAGAUCAAGACAAACCUACUGCAACAUUUUCUGGCAAGCUUUUUAAAAACUUGGAGGUUGUGACAGAUCAGAAGCAGGUCUCACGGAAGAAAGCAAGGGUGAUCAAUCAGAGUUCACUUGGAGAGCUCAUGAUGGAAAAUCAACUACAACACAUUACAACACAACAAAAAAAAACAGAACAAGAUAAAUUGAAUAGACAAUAUAUACUGGGUAGUGUACAACACAACAAGACACAACAUCCUAUGACUGGACAAAUUGAAAUUGAAGAAAAAUAUUUUCAAUCGUUUGAUUACGUAUGGUCCACUUCUGAUGUGAAGCUACUGAAGCAAUAUUUUAUUGUUGUGCUGUUUCAGUCAUCUGGUGUGUUAUGA